UUCUCCUCUAAAGCCUUUUAGUUGCACUUCUAUUCGCAUCUCCUCCUCUCUUCUCGUUGCGCUCGCCGCUCGCUCGCUCUCGGUUCCCCUCUCCCAUGGCGGCGGAUCUGGUGAAGAGGGCGAAGGAAGCCUUCUUCGAAGACGGCUUUGAGCUCGCCCUGGAUCUCUACUCGCAGGCGCUGGAGUUGGACCCCAAGAACGCCGAUCUCUACGCCGACCGCGCCCAGGCCAAUAUCAAGCUCAAGAAUUUCACCGAGGCUGUUGCUGAUGCAAACAGAGCAUUUGAGUUGGAUCCUUCAUUGCCAAAAGCUUACUUGCGAAAAGGAACUGCUUGUAUUAAACUAGAGGAAUAUCAGACUGCAAAGGCAGCCCUUGAAGCUGGUUCCUCUUUGGCACCUGGGGACUCGAGAUUCAUACGACUGAUUAAGGAAUGUGAGGAGCAAAUAACAGACGAGAUCAGAAACCUGCCUGAAAAAGUGACACCAAGUGCAAUUACUCCUUCAAAGGAUGUUGGGCAUACUGAUGAUACGUCUUAUCAGUCUACUAUUGUUUCCCCAAGCAAACUAAAAUUUAGACAUGAGUUCUACAAUACUUCUAUAGAAUUGGUUUUGACCAUUUUCGCGAAGGGCAUCCCGGCUGAAUGUGUGAAUGUUGACUUUGGUGAACAAAUAUUGAGUGUCUCCAUCAAUAUCCCUGGUGAAGAAACCUAUCAUUUUCAACCGCGUCUAUUUGCAAAGAUUAUACCUGAAAAAUGCAAAUAUCAAGUGUUGUCUUCAAAAAUUGAGAUUCGACUUUUUAAAGCUGAAGCCAUCACAUGGACAUCCUUGGAAUUUGGCAAAGAGAAAGCCCUUCCACAAAAGAUUAAUGCAUCACCAGCUGUGAAAUUCCAAAGGCCCUCUUACCCAUCUUCAAAAUCCAAAGUAGAUUGGGAUAAGCUGGAAGCCCAAGUAAAGAAAGAGGAAAAGGAAGAGACGCUAGACAGUGAUGCAGCAUUAAACAAACUGUUCCGUGAUAUUUACCGAGAUGCAGAUGAAGACAUGCGACGAGCCAUGAUUAAAUCUUUUGUGGAAUCAAAUGGAACGGUGCUGUCAACAAAUUGGAAAGAUGUGGGUUCAAAGAAGGUGGCCGGGAGCCCGCCUGAUGGCAUGGAACUGAAAAAAUGGGAGUAUUGACAUUCAAUGUUGUGGUAGUUAAAUUUGUAUAAUCCAUGUGGGAGUCAAGUGUUAAUAAAUUUGUUAAUUAUCGCAUUCGAGGAUAAAAUGGGUUUGUUUCUGUAGUUGUUUAUUGGACAUAUUGUAGUCUCUUGUAUCUUUUGUUUCGUGCUAUAGUGUCUGGUUUCUUCAUCGUGGCAGCUUGUCUGAACAAUUGGUAAUUUAUCAUUUUAGUUGGGAUUUCAAGCUUUUUGUUCACUCUUAACAUUUCCCUCAGUAAGCGGAAUUUCUUUCAA